AUGGCUGCGGACGUCCAGCCAAUUGCUCAGGUCAAGUUGCCUGCUCGUCCCUCUUCUCUGACGCCGGAGCAGACGUACUGGCGGUCGUUCAAAUCUCCUCUGAACAUUGUCUCUCCGACAAAGCACGCCGUAACACAUAUUUCCCAACCACAGCCAGUCACUCCAGGCCAGAAUCCUUCCGACUUCUUUGUUGUCACGACUGGUGCGCGGGUGCAGCUUUAUUCUCUCAAAACCCGAAAACUCCUCAAGACCAUUACACGAUUUGACGAUAUUGCCUACGGCGGUGAAGCUCGAUAUGAUGGACGAGUCCUCGCGGCAGGUGACGAGACUGGUGCGAUCCAGGUAUUUGAUGUCAAUUCAAGAGCUAUUUUGAAGACGUGGAAGGAGCAGAAACAACCCGUCCACACGGUCAGAUGGAGUCCCAAGGAGACUACGGCGUUGAUGAGCUGCGGAGACGACAGAACUGUCAGGCUGUGGGAUCUUCCCAGUGAGAGCAGUAUUGAGACGUUCCGCGGCCACCAGGACUACGUGCGGACUGGUGGGUUUCUCCCAGGACAGUCAGGUAAUCUGUUUGUUUCGGGCAGUUAUGAUCAGACCAUCAGGCUCUGGGAUCCGCGCACGCCGAAUGCAGCGGUUAUGACGUUCAAACACAUUGCCGCCGUAGAAGAUGUCUUGUGCAUGCCAUCAGGGACCACUAUCUUGGCGUCAGCCGAGAACCAGAUUGCAGUACUGGACAUUGUGGCGGGAAGACCGUUGCAGAUGAUCAAGAAUCACCAAAAGACCGUCACUUCGUUGUGCCUGGCGUCCAAUGGAUCAAGGGUAGUCAGCAGCGGCCUUGACGGACAUCUAAAAGUCUUUGAAACUACGGGAUGGAACGUCGUUGCAGGUUCCAAAUACCCAGCUGGCAUCCUUUCACUAUCGGUGAUUGCGGCCGGAACCCCCCGAGAAGACAAACAUGUGGUGGUGGGAAUGUCCACCGGUCAGCUGAGCAUCAGGACGCGACUCUCUGGGGAGCAAAAGGUGAAAGAGCGGGAAAGGCAAAAACAAAUGGAAGCACUGAUUGCAGGCACGAUCGAUGCAUACGACAAGAAGCAGGCCAAGAAACGUCCGAGGGGAGUCGAAAAACGCCUGAGAGGGCGCGACUACGCUGGCGAAGAUGCUGAUAUCAUCGUGGAAGGAAAUGUGCGACCGAAGCAGAAAAGGCUGGCUCUGUGGGAAAAGGAGCUGCACAAAGGCAGAUAUCGCGAGGCACUGGACAUUGCCCUGCAUGGUGCAGACAGGCUGACGAUAGUCACCUUGUUGAACACUCUCCGCUAUCGAUCUGCAUUGCGUGCCGCUCUCGAAGAUCGCACCGAAGCAGACCUGCAGCCCAUCAUGCACUGGAUAUGGAAGAACAUCUCCAACACGGCAUUCGUUUCCUUGUGCGUGGAGGUCUCGAUGAACAUCAUGGACCUGUACUCAAAGCACUUGUCCGAAAGUGAGGAUCUUGCAAAGCACCUCAAGAAGCUGCGAGACCGAGUACACGAAGAGACGGAUCGAGCAGAGCAAGCGGGAAUAACUAGGGGGAUGUUGGAGCUUUUGGCGGCACAGCAGACUGGCUGA